UUUCCCCAACUAAAUGUUUAUUUUUGUUAAUAAUAGAUUCUUUUGGAGAUGCAACAAAUAAAUUGCAACAUAUUUUAAACUCGUCAGAUUCCGAAUCAAACAAUGUUGACCGUUUAGGUCGUGGAAAGAGAAAGAAAAUUAGUUCAAGUUCUGUAAGAUCAUUAUUUGAAACUGCAGGUGUUGAUGCAAAUGAAUCAUCAGAUGAUGAUAGCCUCGCAGUCGGUUAUACUAUUGAAAACAUUGGAACUCAGGAAAUGAAAAAAACACCAUCCAGAUCAUUAACAACUAAUGGACAUCAUUACACUUCAAAUAAUUCUUCCAUCGUAGAUAACAACCUGCCUAUUUUAUGAGUCUUAUUUAAUGUUAAUUGACUUUUAAUUGAAAUACCUACGUAUUCAUAAUUUAUUUUCUAGGGUAUUGACGAAAAUCUAUUCAAACGUCCCUAUGAUUCAAGUUCUAGUAAUUGUGUUACUACGUAUGUUAAUAUGGAUAAUAAUAAUUUAACAGUUAUAACAGUUACUCCUGCUAUUUUGCCUGUAUUAAAUACUGUUAGUGACAAAUCUAACCAAGAAAAAAACGCUCUUAUGAUCAUUCUAAUCUUAAUUGUAGUAGUGUUACAGAAUCAACCACUUAUCAAAAGACAAAAGAACAUAGGAUUAAUUUCUAACCGUCAGUUUCAUAGGCGUGUUGAAACUGAAAAAAGACAUUUUCAGUUUUUACAUUUAUCUAUGAUUGUAAAAAAUAAAGAAACUAAAUGUUCAAAGGACCUCCCUUUGAUGGAAAAAGAUAAUUCCAAUAACAUAAUUGAAACAAUAAUUUCAGAAAAUAAUAUUAUUUCCAGUACUAUGGCUGAAUCGUUAACUGCUAAAAAUGCUUUAAAAAUUGUGACUACUGAUCAUUGUGCAUCACCAAUUAAGACAAGCACAACAUCUGUAUUUUCCAUUGAACAAAUUGAAAAAAACAUUUGUGACUGGAAAAUUGUUCAUGGUGUAACCAGAAAUUGUGCAAAUGAUAUAUUGAAAAUUUUUAAAAAUGCUAGAAUUAAUAUCACCCAGGAUAUCAGAAACAUACUUAAUACACCAAAAUAUCACCAAAUCACAGAGAUAGAAAAUGGUACUUAUUUAAACUUAGGUAUUUUAUUUAUAAUUAAACCCCACUUAGAAAACAUUCUUCAGUUAUUACCUUGUAAUACAACUCUUAAACUGAGUUUUAAUAUUGAUGGGAUUCCAUUAGCUAAAAGUUCCAAAACACAAUUUUGGCCAAUUUUACUAUCAAUUUUAAAUGUUCCAAUACUUUUAAAUACUAUUUCCCUGUAGGUAUAUUUCAUAGUUUCAGUGGGAAACCAAAAGAUUUAAAUCAGUUUUAAAAAC